AUGUCGGUGGUCACCAAUGAUCUAGGCGAGCGCGUGGAGGAGGGUUACUUCGGUAACCUUACUCCUGAGCACAAGACCACGCUCAAGGAGUUUUGGCGCCGCUUCUUCGAGCUCACCCAGCGCAACAAGGAGCGCUCAGCGGAGCUCGAUCGCCUCGGUGGUCCCAAGGCAGCUCAGACAGGCGAUGAGCUGUCGAACUCUGUCGAAACCAAAGAGAGCAAGGAAAAGAAGCAACACUCGGACGAUGCCAAGAAGGCCGGUGAGCUCAAGGCGAUUGACGAUGCCGUUGCCAAGUACGGUGGCCCCUACCUGGAGCAGGCCAUGUGGGACGCCUGCCAGCUGGACGCGCCUGAUAUGACUGCGCUGCGUUAUCUGCGUGCACGUCAGUACGAUGUCGACCGUGCGCUUGGUAUGAUGGUCGCCGCGCUCCAGUUCCGUCUCGACAUGAACGUCAACGAGCUGCUGAAGAAGGGUGAAGAGGGAAUGAAGGACGUUCCGGGCUUCCUCAACCAGUUCCGCCGUGGUAACACGGACAAGUACGAGCUGCCGAUCUACUUUAUCCACGUCGCGCGUCACUUUACCAACGCGCAAAAGAUCGAGACGCUGCAGCAGUUUGUCGUGCUUGCGAUGGAAAACUCGCGUCAGUUCUUCACGCCCCCGACCGAAAAGGCAAUUAUUGUAUUCGACAUGGCGGGCUUUGGUCUGAAGAAUAUGGACUGGGGUUGCGUAAUGUUCAUCCUCAAGUGUCUCGAGGCAUACUACCCCGAGUCCCUGCAACGCAUCUACGUCCACGGUGCCCCGUGGAUCUUCAAGGGUAUCUGGGCCGCGCUCCAGCCGCUGCUUGACCCCGUUGUCCAGGCCAAGAUCAAGUUCAGCAACAAACCGCACGAGCUGGAGGAAUACGUGCCCAAGUCGCGCUUCCGCAAGGGUAUGGGCGGUACGCUCGACUGGGACUGGGACUAUAUUGAGCCUGUUCCGGGCGAGAAUGAUCUCCUGAAAGAGACCGAGACGCGCGACGCGAUCAAGAAGGAGGCGGACGAACUUGUACAACAGUUCAUCGAGACCACUAACGAGUGGAUCAACGACAAGAGCAACAAGGAGGAGCUGGAUUACCGCCGCUUGGUCCUCACUAAGCAGCUUCGCCUGAAGUACUACCAGCUCCGUCCUUAUACCCGUGCAGUCUGCGUGUACCAGCGCACCAAGGUCAUUCGCAACGACGGUCUAAUCACCUGGACCUACCCCCAGACGACCGGUCAGACGGAGAAGCAGGAAGUCUGUGACCGUCACAAUGUCCCGGCGCUUAUCAAGUGGCUCAAGGAGCACGACGAGGACACGCUCGAGGACUCGGUCGGUGGCACAACGUCGCCGGCGUGCGUUGCUGGCACGUCCUACGACGUCCUCGACGCCCUCAAGGCCCCCAAGAAGGCCCCCAAGAAGGCGUCGAAGCCAGCUGAGAAGGCCGAGAAGCCUGAGAAGGCCGAAAAGGCCGAAAAGGCCGGCGGCGACGCGCCCAAGGAGGAAACUGGUGCCGGUGCCGGUGCCGCCGCUGGUGCCGCUGGUGCCGCCGGUGCCGCCGGCGCUGCUGGUGCGGCUGUGGCCUCGAAGCGCAAGUCCAAGUCGUCAAAGGCCGCUCCUCCGGCUGAGGACGAGGGCGAGGCUACCGAGGCGCCGAAGGAGCCCAAGCGCCGCCCCCGCAAGCCUGUCGCGAACGGCACCUCGGAGGUGCCUCAGAAGCGCAGCAGCAAGCCCCGCCGCAAGCCCGUGCCUGCGGCCGGUGAAGAGACUGUGGCGAAGGAAGAGGAUGCGAAGGAGGACAUUGCUCAAGCGCCCUCGGCCAAGGCGGCACCAGCGCAGGACACGGCCAAGGAGGCUGCGCCCCAGCAGGAGACGCUUACCGAGAAGGCCACGCAGCUUGGCUCUUCUGCAACGGGCGCUGCGACGGGCGCUGCUGCUGGUGCCGCGGCAGGUGCCGGUGCGAUGCUGGCCGGUGCUGCUGCUACGCUCGGCCUCUCUGGCUCGAAGCGUGCGCCGAGUGUCGCGUCUGAGUCGUCGUUUGCCUCGGCGGAGGACUUUGUGGAUGCGUCGCGUGCUCCCCCGGCGCGCAGCGGUAUUGCUGCCGCGAACCAGGACGAUGACGACGACGACGACGACGAUGUCGGCGAGGUUGAGGAGGAGCGCCAUGCGGUGCACAGUGCGCGUCACCAGGAGCUUGCGCGCGAGUACGACCUCGACGACGAGGAGCAGUCCGUGCUGAGCGACGACGACGACGAUGUCUCGCUCACUCCUGACACGGUGGUGGCCCCCAGCUACACCAUGGGCAAGGUUAAUGCCUCUGAAUGCCAGCAGAGCGAGGCUGAGUUCCGCGAGGACCUCGAGACGGCGCACGAGGCGAUGGAGUUGUUCCUUGACUCGCGCAUGCGCGAGGCUGAAGAGCUCUGUGAGCAAGGCGCGCACAACCGCCUGUACCGCUCGGUCGGUAUGACGCUGAUCAACAGUGUCAAGUCGGUGAUGACCUUUGAGCCGAACGACAUGCAGGUGGCGAUGAAGUGCUGCAAGCACACCAUGUCUAUCGCCGAGGUGCUGCGCAAGAAGCCGAACUUCCUGUCGCGCUUGCUGCCCGGCCGCAGCCUGCCGUCGCUCACGUCGAUGACGCUCAUCCAGCAGCACGCCGAGCUUGUGUACGCCGAGGCGAUGCUUCUCCGUGCCGUGCUCGGCAUCCUCUACUCGGGCGACACGAUCGGCUUUGUGCGCCAGGCCAUGUCGCUGCGCAAUGCCUACACCAUCAUGCGCGAUCUGCUCCGCAUGGUCGAGCAGGCCGACAGCGCGGUCGAGGAGGCGAACAUCACGGGCCGCUCGUCGGUGAAGUCCAUCGACCAGGACCUGCGCUCGGGUGUGUACCUCGGCAAUGGUCUGUCGUCGCUGAUCCUCUCGCUGCUCCCCCGUCGCCUGCUCAAGGUGAUGGAGACGGCUGGAUUCACGGGCGACCGCCAGCAGGCGCUGCAGCUCUUUGAGCGUGCCGGUGGCUGGACCAAGGCCAAGGCGCAGCCCGCUGUGUCUGCCGAGCAGGAGGGUGUGCGUCGCCCCAUGUGCGACAUGGCCAUCCUGCUGUACCACCUGGUGAUUGCUGCGCAUGUCCCCGUGACCGAUGUGGACCUUGCGUUUGCCGACAAGGUCCUGUCGUGGAACCUGCAGCGCUUCCCCCACGGUAUCUUCUUCCUGUACUUCUCUGCGCGUCUGUACGCGACGCAGGCGCUGCCCGAGAAGGCGAUUGAGUGCUACCGUGCGGCGAUCGAGUCGCAGCGCGAGUUCAAGCAGCUGCACCACCUGUGCUUCUGGAGCCUGUCGCUCACCUACCUGAGCACGAGUGACUUUGAUCGUGCGUACGAGUGCUACGAUGUGCUCUCGCGCGAGUCGAACUGGUCCAAGGCCAUCUACCAGUACGCCAAGGCCGCGAUGCUCUACGAGUCGAGCGCGCACAACCGCGCGCAGAGCAACGCGAUCAUGCUGACCGUGCCCAAGCUCGUGAAGCGUGUGGCCGGUCGCCACAUUCCGUUCGAGCGCUUUGUCAAGCUGAAGGCUGCCAAGUUUGGCCGCCAGAGCCAGCUGGGCCUGCCUGCGAUGGAGUUCUCGUACCUGUGGCACUGCAUUGAGCAGACGCCCGUCUUUUUGCUGAUGAGCAACCAGCUCACGCGUAUCGACGAGGUCAUCGACGAGCUCGAGACGUACGAGUCUCCGAGCACGUACGGUGGCGGCGAGAAGGACUUCUACGCGCUGUACUGUCUUGCUUUCUUUUUGCGCGGUGUCGCCCUGCGCUACGUCGCCUACCCCGAGCACCACACGCUUGUCCGCCACCCCGUCGGCGAGCGCAUCGAUGCUGCAGAGGUGGCCGACGACGCAAUCCACUCGUUCAACAAAGUGUUUGAAUACGGCAACUUCCUCGACUCGGUUGACCGCUACCUUGUGUACUUUGCUCACUACGAGCUUGGCUGCCUCUACUCCGCACACGGCAACGAGACCGAGGCGCGCCAAGAGCUGGACCUGGUGCUCUCGCGCAAGCCGCUCGUCGCGCAGGAGGGCGGCCCGCUCCGUUCGGGCAAGGCCGACUACCUCCUCAGCGGCAUGUGCCAGCUGCGCGCCAACGCUGCGCUCGAGACGAUGCGCAUCCGCCGCGACCGCUCGGCGCAGCGCCUGACCAAGAGCCGCUCGACGCGCCGCAGGAGCACGAGCGGCGCGCCGCAGGGCGCACGCCUCGCGUCGCGCCAGAGCAUCCGUGCGAGCGCAGCCGAUACUUCGUACGCGGAUGAGAAUGGCUCGCCGCUGCGUGCGUCGAGCAGUCGUGCGUCGGAGAUUGGCCGGCGCGCGAGGCAGAGCCGCUUGGUUGCUUAA